AUGGGACUCAGCUGCUUCAAGUCCUGGAAACAUGACAGUACAGGCCACAAAGGUAACAGAGAUGUGUUGGCCAGCCCAGGCUCGUAUUUCUUCCUCUCCAACAGUGCUGGUCAAGGUGACGAGUGGCUGAAGAGCCUAAACAAGGGUGUCUGGAUCCCUUUCACAGGGGUCUUUGGUCAGCGUCUGGAAGAGACAGUGUUAUAUGAGCGACGUUAUGGGCUACGUCUAGUUCCUUUAGUGGUGGAGCAGUGUGUGAACUUCAUCAGGGAGCGUGGUUUGCAUGAAGUGGGCUUGUUUCGCCAGCCGGGACAGGCCAGUCUGGUUAAGGAGCUGCAGGAGGCUUUUGAUGCAGGGGAGCGACCUUCCUUUGACAGUAGCACAGACGUCCACACGGUGGCGUCACUGCUGAAGCUCUACCUCAGACAACUGCCGGAGCCUCUGGUUCCUUACAGACGAUACCACGACUUCUUGUUCUGUGGUCAGAAGCUGUCGAGUGACCGCACACAGGUUUUGGGGGAGUUGAGGAAUCUUCUUCAUGAGUUGCCAGUAGCAAACUUCAACCUACUCAACUUUAUCUGCCAGUUUCUAAAUGAGGUCCAGAGUUUCUCCAGCAGCAACAAAAUGAGUGGCCAGAACUUGGCCACUGUGUUUGGGCCAAACAUCCUUCGAGCCAAAGCUGAAGACCCACAAAGCAUCAUGGGAGGUGCAGUACUGGUCCAGGUGCUGAUGUUGGAGCUGAUCAGAGAGCAUGAGUCUCUGUUUGCCAAAGUUCCCCCACUCAUCUCCGCCCGUCCAUCUGGGGGUUCACAUGCAUCACCAAGUGCUCUGAGGCAGCCUCAUCUCCACCCAACGCCCUGCCUCCGCCAGCUGUCCAUGCCUCUCAUCGUUGAGUGUUCCAGAGACAAACAGAACUCCAGUUGCAUCUACUCUGCUGCUGCCAAAUCAGACAUAUCCUUUGCCCAGAAGAGACUUCUCGGCCAUCGCUACACCUCCUCCCACCCGGAGAACUGCUUCUACCCAUUGCCCUCCUCUAGUCAGCCCCUUCAGCAUCACUACGAGAGACACAACAUGGAUAAUCACCAGUACCAUAUGGGCCAAGGACCAUCCUCAGCAAAUGUUCAAGACUCAACAGACAGCCUCCAACUACAAGACCAACUGCCAGACAGCUUCAACCCCAAACCGAUACUCAAGAGCUUGGCGAAGGCCAGGCCCGUCCAGACAGAGCUAAGUGCUGGCUUCUGGAGCUCUGGUGGUGCAGAGGAAGAGUAUGCAGUGUCAAGAACAGCCAGCGAAUGCAGCAGUGAGGCUCAGGAGGACAGCAACCUUUCUGCCUACGACAACUUUAACAGAGGGUCUCUACAGAGGAUGGAGGACGUUACUGGUGGACAUUUUGAGACUAACGUUCCAGGAGGCCACAUUGGUGCUUUUGAAGAGCAGGUAGAGGUAGAGGAGGCAGGGCAGACAAGGGACUCAUCCUCUUCAUGGUCUUCCUGCGAGGUUCUACCAUUGGACGAGAGCAGUGAUGCAUUGAGAGCGGUUAGUCCGGACGUGUCACCAAAGAGACUAAAAAGAUUACCUUCAAGUCAGGUAGCAGAAGAAGAAGACAAUGAUAAUGAAAAUCAUGAAGACAACAAUGACAAGGAUGAAGACGUUGAUGAUGAGGAUGUUUAUGAUGAGGAUGUUCAUGAUGAGGAUGAGGAUGAUGAUGAUGUUGACGGCGUUCACCACCAUAACUCACCAGCCUCCUGUUCUGUACUCAGUGACAGCCUUCUAAGUACGGGCAGCUCAGACGUGUUCCUCCCCUCUGGUCCUCCAGACCUCCAGGGGCCUAAGCCUGACUCACAGCCCAGGGACACUCAUUCAAUGCUGGCCGAGCUGCGGCAGCAGAUGGCCCAGCAGAAGGUUGAGUACCAGGCCAGGAUACAGAGGUUGGAGCGCUGUAAUGAUGUCCUGGAGCGGCAGGUUGCGGUACUGCGGCUCAGUCUGGAGCAGCAGAAACAUAGCCGAAGCUUUGCAGAGAUCAAAAUCCGCAACAUGGAGCAAGCCAAAGCAGACGCCGAUCUCCGAAACAACACGUUGCAGAGAGAGAUGGAGAUUUUCUUCCAAAUGCAUGGAAAUAUCAAAAGAAGAGGAGGGGAUGAAGGAGGAAGAGGAAGAGCGAGCCUUUGA